CCCCCCCGCGCCUGCCGGACACCCCCCGAGCGCCCCGAGCCCCGCCGUGUCCGACAUGAGGGAGAAGGGCCGCAAGAAGAAGGGCAGGACCUGGGCAGAGGCCGCCCGGACGGUCCUGGAGAAAUAUCCCAACACACCCAUGAGCCAUAAAGAGAUCCUUCAAGUUAUCCAGAAAGAAGGACUUAAGGAAAUCAGGAUCCCCCUCGGGGUGCUGCUGGUGCAGAUUAUCCAGUACAUGGACAUUUAUAUUUAUAUUUGUGUUUCCAUUCCCAUUGCGGGUGUCCCCGCAGUGCCCCCUCGCCUGCCGCCCGCGGGCUCCCCCCAGCCCGGCUGCCCGUCCCCGUCCAUCCCGGCCAAGGGCCUCUCCUCCUCCCAGAAGCACAGCAAGAAGGCCCUCAAGCAGGCCCUGAAGCAGCAGCAGCAGAAGCAGCAGCAGCAGCAGCAGUGCCGGGCGGGCAUGGGCCCGGGCAUGGCCCUGCCCUCCAGCCAGCACGUCCUGCUCAAGGCCAAGGCCACCCCUGGGAGGUCAGGUUGGGAAGGGAAGCAGGCAGAUGGACAUUCCAGCAGCCCCCCAAACUCCACCUCCAGCUCCUCUCCCUUGGUGAAGCUCGAGAACUCCCUGCCAGGGCUGCCCAAGAAGCCCUUCCCCAGAUCUGACAGGCUCCAUGCAAGGCAGCUGAAGAGAGCGCGGUGCGCCGAGAUCGACGUGGAGACGCCGGACUCCAUCCUGGUGAACACCAACCUGCGGGCCCUGAUCAACAAGCACACCUUCAGCCUGCUGCCCCCCGAGGGCCAGCAGCGCCUGCUGCUGCUGCUGCCCGACGUGGACAGACAGGUGGGCCCUGAUGGGCUGAUGAAGCUCAGCAGCUCCGCACUCAACAAUGAGUUCUUCACCUCGGCUGCACAGGGCUGGAAGGAGAGGCUGUCAGAAGGAGAGUUCACCCCGGAAAUGCAGCUCCGGAUCCGGCAGGAAAUCGAGAAGGAGAAGAAGGUGGAGCUGUGGAAGGAGCACUUCUUUGAGAGCUACUACGGGCAGAGUUCUGGGCUGAGCCCCGAGGAGUCGGAGCGACUGACAGCGCAGCCCGAGGCGGCAGAGCCCGGCCGGCCCCGCAGCCCCCCGGCCCCGUGCCGGGAGCAGGGCACGUCCACAUCCCCCUCGGAGCCCCAGGCAGCCCCAGCAGCCAGCAGGAAAGCAGGAGAGGAGGCCAGAGAGGAGCCACAGCCCAAGGCAGCCAAGCCCGCUGAGGCGUUCCCGGAGCGGCGAGCACCGAGAGCCGGCGAGCGGCCCGGGCCCGGCCGGGAGAGAGCCCCAGGAGAAACCCUGCCCCAGAAACCCCCCAGCACCGCCAGCCACGGGGCAGAGGAGCAGAGGAAGCCUGGGGCGGCCAAGGAGGCACCAGGAAAGGAAUCUCUGGGUGCCCCGAGCAAACCAAAGAGCCCCGAGGCAGUCGGGGGAGCGGCCAAGGCGCAGAGCCCUGCGGCAGCCCCGGCCACGCCGGAGAAGGAGAAGGAGAAGGAGAAGGAGAAGGAGAAGGAGAAGGAGAAGGAGAAGGAGAAGGAGAAGGAGAAGGAGAAGGAGAAGGAGAAGGAGAAGGAGAAGAAGCCCCCCGGGAGCGAGGCCAUGGAGGUCGGGGUGGAGGCCCACAAGAGGAAGGCGGAGAGCAGGGAGGAAGCUCCAGGCAGCCCCGAGAAGAAGCCCCGUGUGGCUGAGCCCUGCCAGCACCAGCAGGCCUUUCGGAGGCAGCCCUUUCCCGGCGCGGGGGCGGCGGUGCCGAGGGUGCCCCCGCUCAAGAUUCCCGUGUCCAGAAUCUCCCCGAUGCCAUUUCCUGCGGGCCAGGUCUCUCCCAGGGCGUGCUUCCCCCUGUCCCUCAGCAGUCCUGGCAGGACAGGGGCCAGGACCUUGGCCGACAUCAAGGCAAGAGCCCAGCAAGCCAAGGCUCAGAGGGCAGCGGCCGCCGCCGCCGCCGCCUCGGCCGGGGGGGCCGUGCCAGGGCCCGGCCCGGGUGGGGGGAGACCCCCGGGCAGGGGGGGAGACGGGAGAGACCCCGGUGGAGCCACCCAAGCUGCAACUGGAGCAAAGGCACUGGAACUGGCAGGAACUGGAAGCGGGGGAGGUUCGAGAAGGUUUCUUCCCCAUUGCCCAGGGGCCCGUUCCCAGGUGGAGGGCCAGGCGGAGCCGGGAGCUGCUCGCCAUCCUCCUGGAGCACAACUACAGCCAGGAGCCCCCGCGGCUGCCCCGGCGCUAGGGAACGGCGCUGGGGCCACGCCGAGCCCCCCGCGGGGCACGGCCACCCUCGGGUCCCUGAGCACCCCCAGUGGGGACCGGGCGGGGACGGCCCCUCCUGCCCUGGCCCGGGGGACUCCGGUGGCUGGGAACGGGCACGGUCCUUCAGCAGGGACCGGCUCUGACCCUCCCAAAGGCAAAUCUCCUUCCCCUCUGGUGUCCCCCCUGCCACCCACAGGCCCUGGAGCCCAGGCUGGAGCUGUGGGUGCACCCGUCCCACCCUCCAGCAGCUCCUCAGUAGCAGCCAGCCUUAAAUCUCCUCCCGGUGGGGCCCUGCCCCGAGCGAGCUCCAGCAUUCCUGCCAACAACCCUUUGGUCACCCAGCUGCUCCAGGGCAAGAGCGUCCCUCUGGAGCAGAUCCUGCCCAAGCCGCUGACCAAAGCAGAAAUGAAAACUGUCCCGGUGGCUCCUCAGGAAGAGAAGGGGGUGGCAGCUCCCGGCGCCGAGGCGGGGGACAGAGCAUCUGGUUUGCCCCCGCAGCAGCUUGGGAAGCUCUUCUGCCAGAACAGGCCUCUGCCUCACAUUCCAAGGACCUUCCCACUCCCCUCGGGAAAGGAGCCCAGGCCUGAGCAGCACCAGGGCCAUGAGGCGCUGAGCAAAUCCACCCAGGAGCAGAUCCUGCAGACUCUCAUCAAGAGGGUGCAGAGGCAGAAUGUACUGCCCGUCCUUCAGCCCUCACAGCUGAACCUCCCGCACUCAGGUUUCCCGGUGGAAAACAGCUCCACCAGCCAGAGAUUCAUGCUGGGCUUCACAGGCAGGAGGACGUCCAAGCCUGCCAUGUCUGGGCACUACCUGCUCAACAUCUCCACCUACGGCCGGGGCUCGGAGAGUUUGAGGAGAGGCUUCUCCGGGAGCGCCGAGCCCCGCCUGGGGCUGAGCAGCCCCGCCGAGGGUGCCAGGGCAGAGCUGGGCGAGGGCGAGGACACGGGCGGCCAGGGCAGCAGCAGCGAGGAGGACGCGGAUGACGAGAGCUCUGGGGACGAACGGGAGCACAGCAGCGUCAAAGAGGAGCCACGGGCAGGGCAGGGGGAGAAGGAGCAGGGCUCACAUGGCCCUGUAGAGCCCGGCUCCAUGGGGGCAAAGGCUGCCAAGGCCGAGGGAGCCCCGGUGCCGCCGGCAGCCAAGGAGAAGGUGCCAGCAUUGGAUGGCACCGCUCUGGCCCGGGACCUGCUGCAGGCGGCACAGGAGCAGAUGGCCCACGCCAUGAGGGGCAAGGGCCACGGCAGCACGGAGCUCUUUGGGCCCCCCACCCCGGCCUUGGACCCGGCACAGCCCCCGCUGCUCCCUGCCCCGCACCCCCCGAAGCUGCCCGGGAGCGCCGGGGCGCAGCUGCUGGGGCCCAGCUACAGCGGCACCAUCAACGUCUCCACCUCGCCCGACGUGGGCCAGGGCUCGCUCAUGAGCGAGUGCAACCAGCUGGCCAGCUCCAUGGGCAACGUCAUGUCCUUCUCCGUGACCGUCACCACCAUCCCCACCGGGCAGGCCGUGAACUCUGGCGGCCACGGGCAGAGCCUCCCGGUGCAGGCGUUCACCGAGGACGGCGCCAUGGAGGAUCCCCCUUCCAAAUGUUACUGCAGGUUGAAAGCCAUGAUCAUGUGCAAGGGCUGCGGUGCCUUCUGCCAUGACGACUGCAUCGGCCCCUCCAAGCUCUGCGUCUCCUGCCUCGUGGUGCGGUAACGGGGGCGGCGCGAGGGGAGCAGCACGGCUUCCUCCGGGGGCUGCUGUCGGAAGAAUCUUGGGAAGAAACAGGAAUUUUACUGCCUUGCACAAGAGACACGUUACUGAAUCAGGAAUACAGAGUUAGAGUCCUUCUUUCAUUAACGAAAGAGCACCUUCUUGUACAGGGAGUCGAAAUCGCGCUCGACUACAUGAAUUGUGACAAGAGUUUGCACUUAAGGAAUUAUGUAAAUAUGCCACAUUAUUUUGUUUAAAGAUAUUUUUUCAAUCUUUUAGGAGAUAGUGUUUGACUUGUACUGCAGUUCCAGUAACCCCAGCCUGCUCUGAGCACGUUUGCUGAGCUCUGCUCUCCCUGGGGAGAUCCAGCUCACAGCCCAUUGUUGGUUUUCUCCUGGCAGAGGGAACGGGAUGAUCCGAGUCCAGCCGUGUGUGGUGAUGGAGCACCGAGGCAGGAGCCCUGAGCAGGCUCCCUUGGCUGCUCCCAGUUGCUGUGCCAGCCUUUCCCUCCAUUGCCUUUCCCUCUGUUCCAGAGGCCCCUGGGCUGUGCAAUGCAGGCUGGUGUUCCUGGUUUGCAGAUCCCCUCUCCCAGUAUCCCAGCUGAAGGGAGGUGUCCAAGUGUGCUGCUGCUGGAGCUGGGCUGGCCAUGGCAGUGACCAGAACAGCUCAGUCCUGGGGACUGUCAGUGACCCACUGGGAGCAGGGGUCACACAGCUGUACCUGGCCAGGCAGGGCUGGCAGGAACCUGCUCUCCUGGGCAUUCCAGAACUGGCAGGAACCUGCUCUCCUGGGCAUUCCUAGGGCUGGCAGGAACCUGCUCUCCUGGGCAUUCCCAGGGCUGGCAGGAACCUGCUCUCCUGGGCAUUCCAGAACUGGCAGGAACCUGCUCUCCUGGGCAUUCCUAGGGCUGGCAGGAACCUCCUCUCCUGGGCAUUCCCAGGAGCUGGAGCUGCCAUCCCACAGCUCAGACCCAGCUGCUCUUGGGACACGGGGGCAGGUGAAGGGCACAAAGUGUCACCCUGGGUCCUGCCAUGCUCUGGGAAGCUUUUGUUCUCAUCCAAACACCCCCAUGGUCAGACAGCUCCAGUUUAUAUCCAAGAUUUUGUAUUUCCUGGGUGUAGGGGAAGGCAAUUGAGUGUCUGCCUGGGCCUCUUUGGGUGGCUCUUUGUGUUUGAGAUACCAAAUUGGGCUGAGCUCAGCUCAGCUGGGGCCCAGCUGAGGGAGGGGUGCUGGGCAGCCCCUCAGGGCUGACUGGGGACAUGGCUGGUGGCACCUGUGCUCCCUGAUAGUUCCUGGGUUCCUUCACUUGCACUGAGGGAAAUCAAAGCACAGUGGCCCUGUGUUCCUGGGAGCUGAGGGUGCUGAUGGAGCACGAGUCACCCAGGGCUGUUCCCCUCCCGGGGUGGAUGGGCCCCUCGCUGCAUCCUGGUCAGGGAACAGAGCUAUGUAUGUUUUUGAUGGAAAAGCACUGAAUUCACUUUUAAUCCAAAGGCCUUUUUAAGCUGAAGCAAUAUUUCCCCAGCAGUGGGUUAGCUGAGUGAUGCACGGGGUCCUCAGCCUUCCCUUCCCCUCUCCUUUGUACUACUGCUCCCCUCCCCUUCUCCCCAGGAGCCCGGCACUGGUGGGGAGGAGCAGAAAUAAUUCCUGGGUGGUUUUCCAAGGAACAAGAGGUGCCCAAGGCUGCCAUAGCUCCAGGAGCCUUUGACAAGGCUCUCAGGCAAGUGUGAGAUUGUUGGGGUGUCUGUGCAGGGUCAGGAGUUGGACUGGAUGUUCCCUGUGGGUCUGUUCCAGCACAGGAUAUUCCAUGACUGUGAUUUAGUUGGUGGUGACAAGGAAAAGGGAGUUUCAGACUCGAUCCGUGGCAGCAGGAGCGUUUCCCUCCCUGCCUGGGGAGUGCAGCUGCCUCUGGAGCAGCAGGAGCUGCAGCAUCACCUGCUCUGGGUUCUGCCAUCUGAAAUUUACUGCAGAGCAGUGACCCCCACUGAUGUGAUUCCACAUCGCUGCUCAGGCAUCCCAUGGUGAGGAGCAUUUAGGGAUUAGAAAUUGAUUUUUUAAAAUCUAAAACAUUGCACAAAAUUGUCCCCACGAGCAUCUCCCACCCGUGGUGGUGGUGGGGGUAGCCCAAGAACCCCCGGCCUGUGCCACCUUCCUGCCACUGCCCACUUGCAGCUCUUGCUCGGGAAGGGGAAAUCCUGCAUUUUUGUAAACCUGGGCAGGGAGGCAGUGUGGGCUGGUUGGGAGCUGAGAGCAGGAUCCGUCCACUCCUCCCUCAGGAGGGAAGUUCCUUCACGUAGUCCUGGACAGACACUUCCAUUCCUGGCUGGGCCAGCCCGGGAGAGGCCAAUGUGCAUUUGACAGUUAUUCUCAGAGGAGAGUGAGAGGUUUCUCUGCACACUUGGGUCAGUUCUGGUCUCUCCUUGGCUCCUCUCAGGGUGAUUUUCCAGGCUGCUGGAGAGGGGGAAGCAGAGGAUGAGGAGGGAGCUGUGACCCUGAGCACUCCCAGGCAUUCAGCUGCUGCAGCUGCUGCUGGAAAGGCUCUUCCAGAGCUCCCCUGGCACUUCCCAAACCAUCCCUGCCCAGCUGGUUCCUCCUGCUGGAUUUCCCUUGCUGAGUGUGGGCUCGCUGUGCCCAUUCCCUGGCAGUGCAGGGGAAUGCCAUUCCCAGAGCCAUCCCGUGGGAAUGUGCCCAUCUGGCUGUGCCAUACAGGAGGGGCUGGCUGGUGACCCGGGGUGGGACUCUCGGUGACCCAGGACAUGGAGGUGGCCCAGCUGGCAUUGGCCAGGUAGGAUGGUGCUGGUGGCUCAGGAGUUUCCACCUGUCAGUGCCUUAGUUCCAUUUCAUGGAUCCACACUUAGCUUGGGCUACUUUUCUUCCCUUUCUUUUUAAGAAAAUCAAUUCUCUCCAUUGAGACCUCCAUUGAGGUCUGAGCAAGCUCCUGGUGCAGCCUGGGGGAGCAUCUCCGAGGGUGAGCACAGGGCACUGGGUGUGAGGAAAUUGUUUGGGUGUAAUAAUCCCUGGAACAGGGACAAAGCCCGGGAAGUUUUGUGUGCUGCAGCUGGGUGUGGGAUGAUGGCUUUCAGAAGGGGGAUCCUGUGGAGUUCCUGGGGUGGGACCAGCCUGUCCCACUGCUGGGGCUCCUUCCCAUCGACAGUAAAUGCACCUCCACACGGGAUUUAUAAUAAAGGGAUGUCGUGACAGAGUUUAACCAUUAGACUUUGGUCCCCCAAGAAUGAGUUUAAUGGCACUGCAGGGAAUGGCAGCAUCAAAAGUCCAGGAUUUCCAAAGCCUGAUGUCAGAGUGUUUGUGGCAGGGAAAGGAACCUGAUGAGGGAGGAGGUUUCAGUUUCCUUUUUCAGGACACAGAACUGGAAUUAGAGCCUGACCAACGCUUCACUUCCCAGCCCCAAACCCCUCAGACAGGCUGUGGCACAGGACGUGCCAGCGCGGCUCUGGGGGUUCAGGUUUUGGGCCAGGUGGGCAGCAAGGGAAGGAAUUUGAUGUGGAAUUUUACUUUCCCUCCGGGAAUUUACAGGAAGGAGGAGGUUCCAAGCAGUUGCACUGGUUGGGGAGGUGGAAUAAUUUUUUUUUUUUGGUUGCACAAAAGAGCUGCUGGAGCAGCAGUUCCUGGUCAGGUCGUUACUGGGAGGGACCCUCGGGAGGGAUCCUCAGGGGGGAAUCCUCGGGAGGGACUCUCGGGGGAGAGGCAGCAAAGACCAUCCGGGGCGGGAGGGUGGAUCGGGAGCGGCUUUGGGGCCUCUCUCCUCCGGGGGGGCUCCGUGCCAUGGUUCCUGAGACCCGCGGGAGGUGCGGAGAGCAGGGCCGGGCUGGUGUUUCCCACAGCGGGAAUGUGGGAGGCGGCGGGGCCGUGGCAGCAUCACUUUGCUGAUUAAUUAUGACAGGUAAUUGCAGGGGUGGGCAGAGCGCUGCCGGCUGCCCGGGAGCAGAGCUCCGCUGCCGCCGUGUGACACGGGGACAGGGGACAGGGGACAGGAGCUGGGUGCCGGGAGGGAGCGGCCCUGGGUGGUUUUUAACGCUUACGUUUGCUGUACGUGCAGAGCGAGUCGGAGAGCUUACAGUAAUAUAUUUUAAGUAAUAUAUAUUUUAGUAUCUGAAAAGAGAGGGCAAAGGAGGGGUUCUGAGUGGUGACAGGGUACCGGGGGCAGUUCCUCGGCCAGGCCAGCGGGGUUACUGCAGCACAACUAAAGAGGCUCCGUUCCUGCCGUUAAUGCAAUAAAAACGGGAAUUCUCACAAAGAAGCAAUCCAAUACUGUUUCCCAGAGGCUUUUCCUGUGUGGACAACAGGCCUGUAAACAUAGUUCCAAAAAUCCUAAACCUUUGUCUUUUGCCUUUUUAAAAGGGACUUCGAUUGGGCUUGAGGGUCUGUACAGCAAAAUCGAGGUGACACCAUUUGAAAAUGUAUUUUUACACAAAUAAUAUAGAAAAAAAUCAUAUUUUACAUAAGAAUUUUAAGUAUUUGAAAUAUGUGUAUAUAUAUACUGUAUGUACUUCGUAUAUGCUUUAUUUUACAUUUUCAAUGUAUUAAAAAGUAUUUGAGCUGGUUGGA